ACGUGGGCCAAGAUGCACAGCUUCGGAGCUUUGUUGGCUGGGUGUGGUACGAACGGGAGGCAGUCCUGCCUCAGCGGUGGACCCAAGACCUGGGCACAAGAGUGGUGCUGAGGAUUGGAAGCGCCCACUACUAUGCCAUUGUGGUAUCCUAAGGGCUACUUUGUCCAGGACAUAAACUUUGACUUCUUCAACUAUGCGGGACUGCAUCGGUCUGUGAUUCUCUACACGACGCCUACCACCUACAUCGACGACAUCACAGUCACCACUGGAGUGGACCAAGACACUGGGCUGGUGAAUUACCAGAUCUUCACCCAGGGCAGUGAACAUGUGCAGCUGGAUGUGCAUCUUCUGGAUGCAGAUGGCAGAGUGGUAGCUGAUGGCGCUGGGGGCCGGGGCCAGCUGCAGGUGCCUGCAGCCCAUCUCUGGUGGCCAUACCUGAUGCAUGAGCACCCGGCCUACCUGUACUCACUGGAGGUGCGCAUGACGGCGCAGACUGAGGAUGGGCCAGUGGCCGAUUUCUACACCCUCCCCGUCGGAAUUCGCACAGUGGCAGUCACAGAGAGCCAGUUCCUCAUUAAUGGGAAACCCUUCUAUUUCCACGGGGUCAACAAACACGAGGAUUCAGACGUCCGGGGGAAGGGCUUCGACUGGGCCCUGCUGAUGAAGGACUUCAACCUGCUGCGCUGGCUGGGCGCCAACGCCUUCCGUACCAGCCACUACCCCUAUGCCGAGGAGGUGAUGCAGCUCUGCGACCGCUACGGGAUUGUGGUCAUCGACGAGUGUCCGGGCGUGGGCAUCGUGCUGCCCCAGAGCUAUGGCAACGCGUCCCUGCAGCACCACCUGCAGGUGAUGGAGGAGCUGGUGCGCAGGGACAAGAACCACCCAGCCGUGGUGAUGUGGUCUGUGGCCAACGAGCCCACCUCCUCCCUGAAGCCCGCUGGCUACUACUUGAAAACAGUGAUUGCCCACACCAAAGCCUUGGAUCCCACCCGGCCUGUGACCUUCGUGACCAACUCCAACUUCAAAGGGGACCUGGGGGCUCCCUAUGUGGACGUAAUCUGUGUGAACAGCUACUACUCCUGGUAUCACGAUUAUGGGCACUUGGAGGUGAUACAGCUGCAGCUGAGCACCCAGUUUGAGAACUGGUACAGGACCUACCACAAGCCCAUUAUUCAGAGCGAGUAUGGUGCAGAGACCAUCGCGGGGUUCCAUGAGGAUCCGCCUCUUAUGUUCACUGAGGAGUACCAGAAAAGUCUAUUAGAGCAGUAUCAUUUGGUUCUGGACCAAAAACGCAAAGAAUAUGUGGUUGGAGAGCUCAUCUGGAACUUUGCCGAUUUCAUGACUAACCAGUCACCGCAGAGACCAGUGGGGAAUAGAAAGGGCAUCUUCACCCGGCAGCGACAGCCCAAGAGUGCAGCCUUCCUUUUGCGGGAGAGAUAUUGGAAACUUGCCAAUGAAACCAGGUACCACCCUUCGGUGGCGAAGUCACAGUGCUUGGGAAACAGCCCGUUCACUUUGUAAAGCCAGAGAGCUACCUCCAGGACCCCCACCACCCUGCACCUGAGGAAGGGCGACUUCCACACCCACAGAACAAGUGCCUCUUGCCAUGUUGAUGGCACCAGAUUCUGGUCUGGACUCUGGUGACUCUGCUAGAAGGGGAUGAUGUCAGAGACCCAUCACAGGGUUGCCUGUGCUCGUGGGCCCAAUAGCCCAGGGGAGUAGACCCCCAUGAGAGGAGGCCCAUGGGCACUGGCAGGUGUACAGAGGUGCUGCGCUGGGAUCGACUCACCCACAUGCCACUUCCAGUCGCCUGGCAAAUAAGCAUCAGAGAGGCUUACGUGUGGACACGUGUUGCUAGUGCUUGUUCCAGCCUUGGCCAGCCCAGUCCACAGACAGGCUCCCUCACAGCCAGUGCCUCUGUCUGCAGUGACACCUCUGGGCCAGCUGUGUCUGUGAAUGGCCCGCCAGGCCUUGGUACCUCCAGGCGGACUCCUCCACCUGCCUUCUGCAGAACAGAGGCCUUCCUCAGGGAAUUUCCCAUCCUCCCCUUACAAGGGUCCAGUGAGGCAAAUAAAGUGCGUUAUGCCUGAGA